AUGGUGCUCGGCCUGCCCAGCGCCCGGGCCGCCGAGGACACCUGCGUGAACGCCUGCCCGGCCGCCUGCGUCUGCAGCAGCGUGGAGCGCCGCUGCUCCGUGCGCUGCGACCGCGCGGGCCUCCUGCGGGUGCCGGCCGAGUUCCCGUGCGAAGCGGCCUCCAUUGACCUGGACCGCAACGGCCUGCGCUUCCUGGGCGAGCGGGCCUUUGGCACGCUGCCGUCGCUGCGCCGCCUGUCGCUGCGUCACAACAACCUGUCCUUCAUCACGCCCGGCGCCUUCAAGGGCCUGCCGCGCCUGGCCGAGCUGAGCCUGGCGCACAACGGCGACCUGCGCUACCUGCACGCGCGCACCUUCACCGCUCUCGGCCGCCUGCGCCGCCUCGACCUGACAGUCUGCCGCCUCUUCAGCGUGCCCGAGCGCCUUCUGGCCGAGCUGCCCGCCCUGCGCGAGCUCGCCGCCUUCGACAACCUGUUCCGCCGCGUGCCCGGCGCGCUGCGCGGCCUGGCCAACCUGACGCAUGCGCACCUGGAGCGCAGCCGCAUCGAGGCCGUGGCCUCCAGCUCGCUGCUGGGCCUGCGCCGCCUGCGCUCGCUCAGCCUGCAGGGCAACCGCGUGCGCGCCGUGCACGGCGGCGCCUUCCGCGACUGUGGCGCCCUGGAGCACCUGCUGCUCAACGACAACCUGCUGGCCGUGCUGCCGGCCGAUGCCUUCGUCGGCCUCCACCGCCUGCGCACGCUCAACCUGGGCGGCAACGCGCUGGGCCGCGUGGUGCGCGCUUGGUUCGCCGAGCUGGCCGAGCUCGAGCUGCUCUACCUGGACCGCAACCGCAUCGCCUUCGUGGAGGAGGGCGCCUUCCAGAACCUCUCGGGCCUCCUGGCCCUGCAUCUCAACGGCAACCAACUCACCGUGCUUGCCUGGGCCGCCUUCCAGCCCGGCUUCUUCCUGGGCCGCCUCUUCCUCUUCCGCAACCCGUGGCGCUGCGACUGCCGCCUGGAGUGGCUGCGGGACUGGAUGGAGAGCUUCGGGCGCACCGCCGACGUGCCCUGCGCCUCCCCGGGCUCCGUGGCUGGCCUCGACCUCCGCCAGGUGGUCUUCGGGCGCUCCUCGGCAGGCUUCUGUGUGGACCCCGACGAGCUGAACCUCACGGCUUCCAGUCCCAGCCCAUCCCUAGAGCCGGCGGCCACCACAGUGAGCAGGUUCAGCAGCCUCCUCUCCAAGCUGUUGGCCCCGAGGGCCCCGGUGGUGGAGGCGGCCAAUACUACCAAGGACGGGCCGGUCAACACCUCGCUGUCCGACAGCCUUCCCUCCCUCGGGGUAGGCGGCUCGGGCCACAAGACCCCGUUUGUCGUGGGCUCUGGUCUCCUGCUCAGCGUGGCCCAGCACGUGCUGUUUGUCCUCUAG